UUCGCAAGUGAAUCGUAGUUUGAACUCUGGCACUCAAGCACCAUCAAUUUGACAUGGCAACUGAUCGUUUCGCUGUGUAGUUUACUUUCAUUCGGCACUUAUCCAUUUCAGGAAAGCUCACGAAGUUUAACGUACAUCUAACAAUAUAAAACUCUAUAAAGUAAUUUGCAAUUUAGAAGAAUAAGAAAAAAUGGAUUAAAAAAUCGGAAUAACAAUUAUUGAAAACUUGUGGAAUAAUGUCUAAAAGGCUCAGCGGAGGGGAAGAAUUCGACAGUUUGAUAGCGCCUGUGAAAAUGUUAACUAGAUUUAUAUCAACUUGGCCAUUUGAUGAGCAGGAUCAUGCUACCGAUAAAUCAAUUUUUCGGUUCCGAUUAUUUCAAAUCAUUCAUUACGCGAUAAUUCUGGGAUUAAUGUUCGGCUUAGGGAUAGCGGUUUUGAUGGACGGUAUUCGCAAUUGGGGUGCGAUGGAGGAAUUGACCGAGUGCACCCUUAUAGCAUCUUCUUUUCUUUUAUGUUUUUUUCGUGUUAUCAUCUUCUUAUUCCAGUCGAAAAACGUGUUGAUAAUUGUGAGGGAUAUGCGGAAGGACUGGGCGACCUCGUCUGAAGAAGAUAGGAAAGUUUUGAGAAAAAAUUGUGGUUCUUCUUAUAAACUGGCUAAAUUCUUCAUAUCGAGUGUGGUUUUUACCAUCAUCGCAUUUAUGGCCAUGCCUGCUUUGGAAAUCGUCGUACUUGGAUCGGAAGAACGGAAUCUACCUUUCCGUGGUUACUUUGGCAUCGACGCAUCGCAGUCACCAAUUUACGAAUUACUUUACGCUCUCGAAGUGUCCGGGGGAGCAAUAGGAGGUGCUACGAUUGCUGGGGUAACCAGUUUCAAUUUGGUAACGAUAAUGCACGCAAGUGCAAAAUUUUCCGUUCUCCAAAGACAUAUAUCACUCAUUAAGAAUGACGAUGAAAGAUCUAAAGACCUCCUUCGCUCGUGUAUUCAGGAGCACCAAAAAGCAAUUGAAUUUGCCGACAGGCUCGAGGAGGUCAUUAACAAAGUGGCUCUUGGUCAGUUUCUAUCCAGCACCGGAAUGGUCUGUUUUGCAGGACUUCAAAUAACGUCGAUGUUGGAGGACACUGGUCGUCUGAUGAAGUACUCGUCUUUCUUGAACUCUGCUAUAUUCGAACUAUUCAUCUUUAGUUUCAGUGGAAAUGAAUUAGCGGUGCAGAGUGGAGGAAUCGCCAAUUCCGGUUUCAAUAGCGAUUGGGUCGGCAGUUCCUUUGGUAAAAAUCUGCAGAUUAUGAUGAUGAGGGCAACAAAACCAAGUAAAAUAACAGCUGCUAAAUUCUAUGAUAUGUCACUGGAGAGUUUCUCAACGGUCCUGAGCACUUCCUUCUCGUACUUUACUACUUUGAGAGCAGUGAACGAAGAAGGUUGAUAGAAAAUUUACCACAAAACUAAACCUCGUACGAUAUUAUAACGGAGAUUAUUGC